ACCCUUGUUGUAUCUUUACGCAAAACGGAGACUCAACCGUUUGGUCACGGCCACAAAAUAUUUCAUUCACUCUGGACGGCGAGAGAGGAGAGCAACAUGGUAAUCUUCUCUGCAGUAUUUCAUCCGCUAAUGCAAUCCAUAACCAAACCACUCCCUCCACUUUUCACUACACCACUAAUCCCUCAACCCACCUGCGUCAGAAUCCCAAUUCGAAACCCUAGAAACCCAAAAAGAUUUGUGGUUUUUGCAGAAGGAAUCAAUGGGUUAAACUCAGAUGAGAAAGAAAAUGGCAAUAAUGGGAAAGAAGAGAAAAACCCUUUCUCCGAUUUCAAUUGGAAAGAUUUGUUAGACCCAAAUCCAGAGAAUUUUGCAGCAAUUGCAUUAACUGGUUUACUAACAUGGGCUAGUGUUCAAGUUCUUGGGCAGCUUUUGUUCAUCUCUUUUGCUAUCCUUGUUGCUGCUCUCAAGUAUUCCUUUAUUGCUGCUCUUCUUAUUUUCAUUCUCAUUACUCUUUUGUGAAUGUAGUUUCCAUGUUCUAUAUAUGUUUUUAUUAGUUCCUUUUUAGAUUCAUUGAUGUUAUUGGUGUAUAUGAAAAUCUUAUUUGUUAGUUUAUGUAAAUUCAGAUACAUUGAAUAUCUUUGCGGUCAAGGAUUUGGGUGACUUCAUCAGUUGUAAUUUUAAUUUAGGGACACGAAUUUGGGGGAAAUUUUAACACGGCUGAAAUUUUGAUGCAAUUGAUUAGAAACUAUAGUAUUGUUUGUUUAUUUGUAUUUGGUAUGAAAUUAUUGGUUCGGUUUAAGUUAUGGGA